AUGAAACUUCGCAUUUGGUACGAAAGCAUCAGCUCUUUUUCCAUUUACUACAACACUCCUCCGGAAUUCUCACCUGAAUUUUCUACCUUUUUUGAUACUCUGCUCCAGUCAUUUUCCUCUGGGGAGAUUGCUUUAGUUGCAAUAGCAAUGCUUUUUUUUCCUUCGCCUGCUAUUGCCAGUCUUUUCAAGAAAUUCAAGUUGGACUUGUUGAAAUUGCUUCAAUUCGGCUCACAAGACUACAAAACAAUUGUUCCUAAACUACGUGUUGCUCUCACUAAAUAUGAUCACGUACAAGACAUGUUUAUUAACACGUUUUUCAGUUUUAUGAGUGGAACUUGGUCUGUAUAUGUGGAGCACCUCUCAUAUGAGAAAUCCGUCCUCCUUCCACUUCGCUUCAAAAUAGAUUUUGAUGAUAACACCACUUUCUUGUCCACUUGGUUCAACAUUAGAGCCUACUGUACUCACUGUCAGUCUGUCGCUAUAACCUUGAUAAAUGCCCUAGUCGUCCUCGAGAAGCAUGUCUAUGCUACGGAUUCCAUUAGGUCAGUCACUUUCACUCAUUAUAAUAUCGCGCUGGAGAGGUCUACAACUCUUGUAAACGGGAUCGCAAUGUUUCUGAGCCCCAUAAUCCUCUUCGCACUCUCCCCAGCUAGAAUAUUAGGGACGUGGAGAACCACUCUGAAGAAAGUUGUAUAG